AUGAUUUACGUAAAAGGGCCGCGUCAGAAGAUCGGAUUGAUCCUGCUGUCCAGCCUUCUGCUGGUGAUUACAGCACGAGAGCUACCAGGGUACGAGACAGGGGAUCUACAAGCAGCUGCUACACACCAUCACAAGGGCCACUCACACGAAAAGGGCGGUGGGUCUGAGGAGCAUCAUCACCACCAUCACCACAGCAGCGAGGAAGAGGACAAGGGCUACGAGGGCCAUCACGAGCACAAGAAGGGAAACAAAGGUCAUCACGACCACGACGAUCAUCAUGGGCAUUAUGAGGAGGAGGAGGGCCACAAGGGCCAUCACCAUCACGGCGAGGGAUACCAUGAGCAUCAUCACAAAGGUGAUUCCGGUGAGAAGGGCCACAAGUUUCAUGAGAAAGGGCACUUUGGCAAGGGCCACAGCACUCAUGGACAUCACGAGGUGAAGAAACUCGAUGAGUUCAAGAAGGAUAAGGAGUUCCAUGAGGAGCAUCACGAUCAUGGAAGCCACGAGCAUCACGGCGGGGAUCAUCAUGAACAUCAUCACGAGGAAGGUGGACAUCAUAAGAAGGGCCACAAGCAUCAUGGAGGGCAUGAGCAUCAUCAUGGAAAGAAGGGACAUCACAAGAAGGGACAUCAUCACAAGGGGCAUGAGGGACACAAGGGGGAGAAGGGACAUGAGGAUCAUCAUCAUCAUCAUCAUAAGCAUGGGAAGAAGGGGGGACACGAGGAUCACAAAAAAUGGUCCCAUAAAAAGGGAUAAAUCACUGUCGCGCUGAUACCACCAGCUGAUCUUGCUUUUACGUCAUCAUUCAAGGACAUUUGUUGUUAAAUUUUAUUCCUGAUGUUACGAAGGUGUGAAAUAAUGUAGUAAAUAAAAUUUGUGGAACUCGG